AAAAAUACAAAGGAAACGGUUUUAAUUGUAAAAAAUUGUAUCAGUUCAAUUUAAAACUUGAAUAAACACUUAUAUUUGCCGCCUUCUUAAAUUAGUUCAAUUAGUGUUCAACGAAUUCGUCUCGACUCAUGAAUAUAAUCAAGAUCGCAUUGAUUAUGUAAUCGUUUAUUUAAAACCAACCACGUGGGUUUAAAUUUUUUUGGUAUUUAAAAAAGUAUUGUGGGGGUAUUUCCCCGCGAGUAACACAUGUUGCGUCAUCGGAAGGAAUUCCAGAAUGGUAACUCAAGUUGGGCAUCUUAAAACAUAACGUCUCUGUCAAGGAGAACGUUUCGUAGAGUUAAAACCAUGAAAUAACCGGUCUCCACCUUUUUUUUUUAAUCCUCCUUUAUCAUGUAAACAGAUAGGAAUCAGUUAUUGUAGAUACAACGUUGAAGCCGACGAUUAGUAUUCGUUACCGCGUUGAAAUUAACAGGAGUAAAAAUUAUUUGUCGUCGCGAGUGGUAUCGAAAUACUUUCGCGUAUUUGUAAUUUACGGAUCAGGACGUCAUUCUCGAAUAUACUCUAAAAGUGUGUUGGCCCGAGACAAAUCGAACGAAGCCAUCAAACGUGUCGGUUGUGUUUUUACUAUUUGUGCGAGAGAAAACAAACUUGAAGGUUUUAAAACGUUUUUUAAUUUUCUAAUUUAUUUGUGAAUGUGGGUGAUUUAAAAUAAAAUGUGGUUUUCUAUUUCUGUUAUCUGUUUGAUAGUUUCAGUGACCUUAGCUCAGAUCGUUUUACCGCCGUUUCGUCAAAUUUCUCACGACAUUCAAUCAGGACCUAUUGAAAUAAACAACACUACGAUUUUUAUAAACAAACUUUAUUUCGAUGGCUUAGCGCCGAAAGCUUAUUUUUUGGUUGGAAAAGGUCAACCGAAUCAAAACGGUACUAAAAUAGCGUAUUCAAACACGAGCACAUUACCAGUAUUUUCAAAUGCAAACAUAACACUUCAACUUCCCAACAAUACAACCAUAGGGGAUAUUGAUUAUUUAGCCGUUUGGUGUGAAGAAUUUCAAAUUAGUUUAGGACAUGUUUUUACAAACGAACGAUGGAUAUCACGGACAAAUUCGUCAGGAAUGAUUUUACCUAAAACAAUUGGAUCUUUUAAAAACACAACGAAAAACGUUUCUUGCGAAACUAUAACCUUAUUAGACGAAAAAAGGAUUUUUGUAACUAAUUUUAACUACUUAGGAAAUGAUUCAGCACAAUUUAGGGUUGGAAAAGGAUCACCAUCAUCGGAUAGUAUCCCCGUUUAUCUUAAAACGGGGGGAACAUAUUUCAAUAACACAUCAAACUCGAAUAUUACACUUGUUAUAAUAAAUAACAAUGAUUCAAUGAGUAACACAUUAAUCGAUUUUGAUUAUUUGGCUGUAUGGGGAAGGGAUAAUAGGAGUUAUGGACACGCAUAUUUUAUAGAUACACCAAAUGAUAUGGAAAAAUAUAUAGGAGAACAAUUUGAGGGUUUUGAAAACAUCGAAUACGGUUUAAAAUCCGGCCCGAUUAUUCGUGUCAAUAAAAACACCAUUUACAUAACGAAUUUUUACUAUAGAGGAUUUGGUAAGGAAUACUUUUGGGUGGGUUUAGAAAGAAACGAUCCCCAUGUGGGCAAUUCCAUUCCAAAUCAAUUAGGUGAACAUAAUUCCCCUAUAAGUAAAGAUUCUUCUGGUUCUUCUUUCUAUUUAACACUAUCCGAAUUAUCUGAAAAUGAAGUUUAUUUUUUUGGUAUUUGGGAUGCUGAGAGCACCGCUUUAAUAGUAAAAAUUAAUUUUAUUGGGCGUGGUGAUGAUGUGCCGGCUAAAAUAACGGAGGAUGGGAAGCGAAUAAUAAGAUAUCCAAAAUGUUGUCAACAUAAAUUUAUGAUGACCGAUAAAGGAUGUUCACAGACAGACUUAGUUUUGGAUAAUUCCAUCCCGGUUUAUUACGCAAAUUUAACACAUUUAAACAGCGAUCCAAUGAUUUCUGACCGAGUUAUGUACGUUCCUUAUUUGAACAACUUAUCAUGUCCCAGAUAUAUGCUUAAUCCAUACGAAGAGGAUGAUAAAUUUUAUUAUUUAUCUUCGGGAACUUUAUUAUAUCCUGGUAAUCAAGAACAUUAUAUGCAAGACGAUUUUUGUUUGGAUAUUAUUGAAAUUGACGGUGAAAUUUAUCACACUACAUUUAUUUGUCACUCUCAAUAUGCUAUGAUGGAAGGAUGGAGAAUAGCUAUUUGCGUUUGUGUUUUUCUUUCGGCGAUUUGCCUUUUUAUCACAACGGCAACGUUUUUUUUGGUAACGGAUAAAGACGAUAUGCGCGGAACUUCCGUUGCUGGUUUCGCAGGAUUUAUGGGGGUGGCAUUUUUCUGCUUGUUUUUAACACAAAGCGGGUUGGAAUCGGAAAAGUGGUGCAACGCGUUAGGUUUUAUUUUCCAAUUUUUUAUUGUAUCUUCGUUGAUUUGGUUGGAUGCUCUUUGUUACGAAAUGUAUUACAAUAUUAAAAAUUAUAACACGGAUAAAAUUAUAGGCACUUACAAAAGGCGAGCUAUAACUUAUUUUUCAAUCGCAAUCAUUUUCCCUCUAAUAUUCGUUGUAUCUGCAAUUAUAAUAGGCGUUCCUGUGGGAUUAAUUAAUGUUAAUUUAGAUAAAAAUUGCUUUUUAAACGUUUCAAGCAAAAAAUGGUUGCUUUAUUCACCGAUUUUAGCUGCGAUUCUAAUUGCUGUUAUUGGAACUAUUUACAAUUUGUAUUUUUAUCGAAAGACUCAUUUGAAAAACAGAGGUGAUUCGCGAAAUGCUAUGUUUUGGAAACAUUCUAAAAAUGAUAUAAAAACACGUCAAGACCAGCCAUUCACCGAUUGGCAAUUUUUGGUGCAGUCCGCAUACUUGGUUGUUUUUACCAGUGCUUUCUGGUUCUCUGAAGUGAUUACUUACGCAAUAGAAAGUCCUUGGGACGCUUUGGAUAUAUUACACGCUCUUCAAGGAGUUUUAACGUUAGUUAUCGUUUUGACAACCGGGCAAACUUUCGCGAAAUUAAAAGAAAAGUUUGGUUGUCAGAAAAAGUCGAAUAGUAACGGUAGAAAAUAUCAUGACGAACGUAUGGCGACGGAAGGGACUGAACUUACACUUAUGAACAAUAACACAAGCGUUAGUAACCCAUAAACCAAAUAAACGAAAAUUAAAGAAUGUGUACUAGUCAAUAUAAGUUACUAAAUACGUUUGAAACAUGUUCAUUACCUUCAUUUAUACUUUUUUAGUAUUAAUCAUAUUAUUGUUACAUUACACAUUGUUUUAAGACAAUUAUUUAUUUUUCAUAUAUGUUUUAAUCUUUUUUUUGUAAUAUACAUAAAUAUUUGUAAGAAACUAGGUACCUUAUUUGAUUAUUUUUUCUAAUUUUGAUAAGAUGAAACUUAAAUACAUUUUAAUGAUUCGACAAAAACUUGGAAAUAAAAGAGAAUAUUUAACAGCAAUAAAUAAUAAUCUUUAUUAGUUGAUUUGCAGACAAACAUUUUAAAGGCAACUUUACUAUUUAUUAUUACAAACUUUUAUCAAGUUUUCUAGGCUUUAAUUCGCAAUAAUUACAUCUGUGUUAAAUGUGAUCAACAAUAAACUAUAAAACUUUAUUAACUAAA